CGGACAGGCUUGAUGAAGGGUCCUGAGGCUCAAACGGUCACGGAGGGAGCAUUGCAUCAUGGCGGCGUCCUCUCGAGCCCAGGUGAUUUCUCUUUACCGGGCGAUGCUGAGGGAGAGCCAGAAGUUCCCCUCCUACAACUACAGGACUUAUGCACUGCGGCGUGUGCGGGAUGCAUUCAGGGCCAACGGGAAAGUGGAGGAUCCAAAAACCGUGGAGAGACUGAUGGAGGAAGGAAGAGAAACACUGGGAGUGAUUCAGAGACAGGUGUCGAUAGGAAAGAUGUACGAGACCCAGAAGAUCGUGGUGGAGUGAAGCAUCAUGGGAGGCGUAGGACAGUUGGUGUGGACUUACCGAUCAGAUCAUUGAUCAGAUCAUUGAUGGAUUAUUGAUCAGAUUAUUGAUCAGAUCAUUGAAGUUCUGUAGUUUAUUUACUGUCUAGAAGUUUCCUUUAGUCCAGAAACAGCAGAACCUUAAAGUUUAUGUCAGAACUUUUCUGAUAAAAACGAUUAAAAUCAGGACUUUAGUUCAUGUGUUCAAACUGAAGGAACUUGUUGAUUAUUAUGGGAUAUUAUUGAUCGUGAUGUUUUCCUUCUUUGUGUUAUUUUUGUAAACGCACAAUGAAAGCGAUUGUUGUCGUAUAAAAGAAAACUGACACAAACAAAACAGUCAAUAAAUUAUUAUUGAUCAGUUUA